CCGUUCCCAAACAGAGGACUAUCUUCGCCUUUAAUUGUUAAAACAGUUCAGAGAAAAAAGAAGGCUGUUAAACUGCUGUCGAACUCGAGCAAUCCAAGUAGCUUUAUCGAUUGUUUUUUUUUUCAAUUCAAUUUGUAUUAAUUGAGUAUAUACUUACUAUUUUCACUAUAAAUUUCUAGAGUUUUGGAUGAUGGAUUUGAUGUGGCUAACUGCCUUAUUUCUUGGAGCUGUACUUGGAUAUUACAUCAGCACUCUACGACGCCGUAUCUUCGUCCCCUCCUCCAAAUCUGUGGCCGAGUCUAGUGGGAAUAAGAAGAUUAAGUCCAAGGAACCCCUAGAGAUUGAGGAACUCACUGUUUCCCGCAAAAGAUUCAAAAUGGUUUUGGUAGCGAGGAAUGAUCUUAAAAUGGGUAAAGGAAAGAUUGCAGCUCAAUGCAGUCAUGCAACUUUGGGUUUAUACAAGAAACUCCUUCGACGGGCGCCAAAAGCCUUGAAUAGAUGGGAGAAUUGUGCACAGCCAAAAGUUGUGGUCAAAAUCGAGAGUGAGGAAGAGAUGUUAGCUUUGCGAGAGAGAGCAAAGUCUCUUAAGCUGCCAACCCAUAUCACCAUUGAUGCAGGAAAAACACAGAUCGCUCCAGAUUCAAGGACAGUAAUGGCUAUUCUUGGACCUGUGGACGUUGUUGAUGAUGUAACAGGUGGACUAAAGCUUAUGUAACAACUCUUACAUUCAGUAUUCAGACAAUCCAGCACAAGGGAGAGAAUGUUACUGACUCCAAGUUUUCCUUCUUGCUUGAUUUUACAUGACCUUACUAGAAGAUAGAUGAUCAUAUGAUGAUAAAUUUUUGUUUAUCCCACCAAACAUUAGAAGAUAAAAAGACAGUUGUUUUGUUUUUAUCUAUAUAAGACCUUUGUCGCUUAUAGGUAAAGCGAUUGGUUGAUUCA